AUCCAGGGUUUCUCCCCUCCACCCAGAGUCAUCCCGAGAAAAAGCCAGACCCGCUCGGAAUUAAUAGAGUCUGGCAUAUUUUGCGCCUCGCUGGAGUCGUGUUCUAGUGCGGUAACUCCUUUUCCAAUCGCCCGUUGGGGUUGGUGCGUCAUCGAUGUGCGUUGUUGUGAGUGGCGCGCCGCUUGUUGGUUUGCGUGAUUGUGUUGCUUCACCACGACGUUGUUUGGAGGAUGGUGGUGACUGCUGCUUCUGCGUCUGCGACUGCGUCUGCGACUGCGUCUGCGACGGACAAGGUUGUGAGGAAGAGAAAGAGGAAGAGUCGCGAUGAGGAGGAGGGAUUGACGACGACGGAUGAUACAACGGCCCCAGACGAGACGACAAGCGAUGCAGCAACCACAACCAUACCGACAAAAACGCAAGACGGCGGCAAAAAGCCACGCCGCGCACCAAAAGCGAAGAAACCCCCCCUCGUCCGCAACACGUCCUCGACGCUGGUAGAAACAACCAUACCAUGGCCAGACCACUUCACGAAGCUGCAGCAAGUGUACCGCGCGCUGAACCUCGUCUACACAUUCUGCUGCACGCGCAAGCAAGUCGCCACCACGCUGGAUAACCUCAAGACGACGGUCGAGGGCCACAUCAAGCGCGAGCUCGUCGUCGAAGACGUGGCGCAAAUCACCGCCCUGCUGCCCAAAGCCAUUACCUUUGCGUACGUCGACGAGGCGAUGCUGCAGAUUAAUCUGAUGGGCUCGGAGGACAACUUCAACGGGCGCAGCACUAAGGAUUUUGUCAUCUUGGAGCCCGAGCCUGAUACGCGCGAGCAUAAGGAGGUGCUGCUGUUUGAGUUUGUGGACGGCGAUUUGAAGCGCCAGGUUCGGUGUGCGAAGACGGGGGAGCCGACGAAGGCGGUGCAGAGGCUGCGGAAUGAGGAUCUUAAAAUGCCGGUCUUCAGCCAGAAACAGAUGAUGAAUCUGAUUGAGAAGCGGAACGUGAAGUUUACCUCGGCGGUUAAUGCGCUGCUGAAUCUGUGUGCGGACGAGGGCGUUGAUGCUGUCGAGAAGAUUAAGGAGCUUUCCGUGCCUUUUGUCCCGCUGCCGUUGGAGAGUGAGUCGACACCCGGCCCUGAUCGCGCGUUGCUGCCUGUGUCGAUACCGACGGAGCGCAAGUUCAUCCCGGAAAUCGUCGAUGAGAUCAAGUCGCUGGAAUGGUAUACGGGCCAGAUUGUUCCCGACGGCCACCGCGUCUUCGAUCCCCAGCCUCCCAUAUUCGGGGAUCUCAACUUCCCAAUGUCGCAGAAUCUCGUCAAUGCGCUGUACAAUACGCGGAAUAUCACGCAGUUGUACGCCCACCAGGCUGAGGCUAUCAAUAAUCUGUAUGAUGGGCAUAAUGUGAUUGUGUCGACGUCGACUAGCUCGGGGAAGUCGCUCAUCUAUCAGAUUCCCGUCCUGCAUCAGCUCGAGCAGGAUCCGAAUACGAGGGCGAUGUAUAUUUUUCCUACCAAGGCGUUGGCGCAGGAUCAGAGGAAGAGCAUGAAGGAACUCCUCCGCUUUAUGACGGGCUUGGAGGACGUCCUUGUGGAGACUUUCGAUGGUGAUACGCCUAUGGCUGACCGCAAUUACAUUCGCGAUGAGGGACGUAUUGUGUUCACGAAUCCGGAUAUGCUCCACAUCACUAUCCUGCCGCAAGAAGAGGCAUGGCGGACUUUUCUGCAAAAUCUGCGCUUCGUGGUGGUGGAUGAGCUGCAUGUUUACAAUGGGCUGUUCGGAGCGCACAUGGCGUUCAUCAUGCGGCGGUUGAGAAGAGUGUGCGCUGCAUUGGGAAACCACCAUGUCAAGUUCAUUUCCUGCUCCGCGACUGUUGCGAAUCCCGAGGCGCACAUGAAGACCAUCUUCGGCGUGGAGGAAGUCAGGCUGACGGACUUUGACGGCUCGCCCUCUGGCAGGAAAGAGUUUCUGUGCUGGAACACGCCGUUCAAGGACCCUGGCGAUCCUACGUCUGGGCGCGGAAACUGCUUGGAAGAAUCCGCGAAGCUUGUCUGCCAGCUCAUUCUGCGCGGUGUGCGUGUCAUCACUUUCUGCCGUGUCAGGAAACAGUGUGAGGCUCUGCUUGCGGCUAUCAAGACUGAGCUUACGAGUCUUGAGAGGACGGAGGUCAUUGCUCGCGUUAUGUCGUAUCGAGGUGGUUAUACGCCUCAGGACCGGCGACGGAUUGAGCGUGAGAUGUUCGAUGGGAAGCUCAUUGGUAUCGUCGCUACUAGUGCGUUGGAACUUGGUGUCGAUAUUGGUUCCUUGGAUGCCGUCGUCACGGUCGGUUUCCCCUACACAGUGGCCAACCUACGUCAACAGAGCGGGCGAGCUGGUAGGAGGAAUAAGGAUUCACUGUCCGUUCUCGUCGGCGACUGCUUCCCUACCGACCAAUACUACAUGUCCAAUCCCGACGAAAUCUUCACGAAACCAAACUGCGAACUGCAAGUCGAUCUUGAGAAUUUGCUGGUUUUGGAGGGCCAUGUGCAAUGCGCUGCAUAUGAAAUGCCCAUCAAUGUCGACGCAGAUGUUACCUACUUCGGCCCCUUGUUACCGAAAAUCGCACGCGAGAGAAUGCGUAGAGAUCCGAAGGGGUUCUAUCACUGCAACGAGCGCUUCCUCCCGCAGCCAGCUCGCACCGUUGCUAUUCGCGACACGGAGGAGGACCACUUUGCCAUCAUCGACACGACACAUGGAAAGAACACAGUGUUGGAGGAGUUAGAAGCGAGCCGAGCGUUCUUCACCAUCUACGAGGGCGGCAUCUUCCUCCACCAAGGCAACACCUACCUCGUCAAGGAGUUCUCGCAAGAGCGCAUGCUCGCCAAAGUCGAAUACGUAAAAGUAGACUGGACAACCCAGCAACGCGACUACACCGACACAGACCCCAUCGAAACCGAAGCCAUCCGCCGCAUCCCCGGCAGCGCGUCAAAAGCCUUCUUCGGCCCCAUAAAAAUCCAGCAAGUCGUCUACGGCUUCUUCAAGCUCGACAAAAAACGCCGCAUCCUAGACGCAGUGCAAGUCGACAACCCCCCCAUCAUCCUCUACUCAAAGGGCCUCUGGCUCGACGUGCCCAAAUCCGCCCUCGAAAUCCUGACCUCGCGCCGCCUCAACAUCGCCGCGGGUAUCCACGCCGCAGAGCACGCCGUCCUAUCUCUCAUGCCCAACUUCGUCGUCAGCAUGCCGGGCGACGUGCGCACGGAGUGUAAAGUCCCCCUCAAGGAACACGCCAAGAAGGAAACGACGCGUAAACGCCCGGCUAGACUGACUUUCUACGACACAAAGGGCGGCGCGUCCGGGUCUGGUAUCUCCACAAAGGCGUUUGAGUUCAUCGACACGCUGCUGCGCCAGGCGUGUGUGCGUCUGCAAACGUGCCACUGCCUCGAGGGCUGUCGCGAGUGCUGCUGCAGCGAUACGUGUAAGCAGGCGAACCAGGUUAUGAGCAAAGCGGGCGCGAUGGUCAUUGUUAUGUGUUUGUUGGGCAGGGAGCAGGAGGUCGAUGUCGAUGCGCUGCCGUGGGGCGAGGAGGAUGUGCUCGCGGGGGUGGAGACGGUGGCGCUUGCUGAGGAGGUUAGGAUGGCGAGGGGGAAGAUGGUGGAUGGUGUUUUGGUUAAGGAGGAGGAGGGGGAUGAUGAUCAGUUUAUGAGGAGCGUGCAUAUGUAUGGGGGGGAGAGGACGUUUAUUGGCGUUUGUAAGUGAUGGGUGGGAGGAAAUAGUUGAGUUGGUAUAUGUUUCUUCGUUUCAGUUCAUUGAUUCAGUUGAAGAGUUGGAGGUAUAGCUACUACUACCCCUUCCUAGCAUAUCCUAUCCCCUCCUGCUCGACAUGAGGAGCAAUUCACCCCUCCACUUCAAUACACUCUACUCAGCCGUCUCGCCCUC